GGCGACUUUGCACCUUAUCGCGAAAGCUACGAGAACCCUCGUCCUUCCCGUUGUGAUCGUCCUGCAUGCACAGCCCCGAAGGAAGCGAUGAUGAAUGUCGCUGAUUGGUUCAACCGUUUCUCGGCCUGAGCCAUAAGCCUAUGCGGGAGCGGACCGCUCGCGGCCAUCCCACCUAAUACUUCAGCCUUUCCUCAUCACUCCGUCCAAUCUUUUCUCAACCUAAAGGCUCCUCUCCCAUUGGCUUUGCACAAUGGUACCUGAGGAGUCGAGAUGCCCCUCGUGGACACCGAAGAGCAGCGAUCCCCUCCAGCGUCCGGUGAGAUCCCGCUUCCCCGCCGUGACCGGCACAACCUCCAGGAGGCAUACGAGGCCUAUCGAGUCUUCUGCGAAAACGGAUCCGAUCGCAUAGCCUGGAGGAACCUGGCUCUAUCCCUUACCGCCUACCUCAACUCCUACUUUCGUCAGUCAGGUAAUGGGCGGCUUCAAGUUCGCUCCGACGCUGCACGCGUGGACUACCUGGCCAAUCUUGGUAUCGCGCAGCUCGGGUAUCUGACCAAGGACGUCCUUUGGGUGCUUUUCGACUCGACUGGCUUCAUUAGCACUGAGGACGAGUCGCGAAAUCACUUUGGAUUUAAUUAUGGCUUCUUGGCCCUUACGCGAAAAUACAUUUCGUCGCUCCAUCAAUACGACCUCGAAGUCCUACUCGCAGAUGUUACAAAUGAACUCAACGAGCGAACACCCCUCAGGAAUUAUCGGAACGAGAAUUCGGUCGCGUCGCUUCCGACAUUUUGGAGCCCGAAAUCCCGAACCGACCUUGGCAUACUCCAUUAUCUGAAUGUCAAAUUAUCGCCCAAGGACGCGGCUAUCUUAGCUCCAUUUAAGGCCAAGGAAGACUCGGGACCAAAGUCGAAGAUCUACGGUCUACCUGGGAGAUUCUUACGGCGCGCAUUGAGUAUCGGGGCCGCAGCUCCACCCAAAAGGCAGCGGAGCGUAGGACGACGCGAAGAGAAGGAUGAGCUUUUCGGAGAUGCCGAUCCUUCUAGAGUCCCUAGGGCCUACACCGAUAGACUGCGCAGAGUCGUCCUGCAGCCUCAUAUUUGGCUUCCCGAGAUUCCGAACGCGAACAUUCUUACAAACCCGGAUAUCGAUGUUGCACUGCCAACGCCAGAAAUAGCGGUCGAGCUAGAGCCUGCUCUUAAUACCUUAUUGCCAACGGUAACCAGAGCUCUAUCUGCCAUUCGGGAGGAGACUGAGGAAGAGCGUGGGACCUUGGAGGACGCUGGCGGAGACACAUCCGAUGCAGAUAGCGUCCAAUCCUCACAGACUCUCGAAUCCCUACUCGACUUCUACACCCAGGGUUUAAGAUCCCAAAAUGCCUCUACCAAGUCGGUUCUCGAUUCGGAGAAACGGGUCUCGCUUGACGUCGCGGAGCUCAACGAACCGAAGAUCCAGGAGCGUCUGAGCUUGGCAAAGAAGCUGUUCGACGAGGCCGCGUCACUCGGCAAAGCUAGCGAUAGAUCGGCACUCUCGGAGCAUCCGUCUUUCAUCACUGCUAGAACCCGAGUCUCCGUUAAGGCACCUCGUAUCAGCGCGCAGUCUAGCGUGGAGAGCUUCGUUUCCCUUGACACUGCGUCGUCCUCAAAUGAAGAUCCUAUGGUACGCAGCAGCUAUCAAGAGAUGCUAAACAUCCGCGGCCUCAUUCCCCCGCCCACGUUAGAGACCGACUGGUCUGGUCGAGGCCAGCACGCCGAGUUUACUCCGAAGGAGCAUGAUGCCAUUCCGCUACAAGUGGAGAAGCUCCUUGGACAGACGCGGAAUGCUGUUGUAGAGAGCGUUCGAUGCAAGCGCAUACGGUUGGUGAGGAAGAUCAUGCACUGCACCAAGUGGUCCGGGCUCAAGCGUGAAGACGCCCUACGCGAAGUUCAACACCUGUACCGCAUUCAGCAUUCACACAUUGUGCGUCUUGUCGGAACCUACGUAACGGGAGCCGACCUUGCAAUCCUCACCUACCCGUGCGCCGAAUGGAGUUUAGAUCAGUUCCUGAGGACGUCUCCAGGGGCGCUCGACGCCGUAGACCGAUGCGCGUCGCUGCGCAAGUUCUUCACCUGCGUCGCCAAAGUUCUGGACUUUAUGCACUCAUUCCCCCUCAAGCACAUGGAUAUCAAGCCGCAAAACCUUCUCGUCCGUGAUAUCAGAAAUUCAGCUGUCAACGAUUCAAUUCCAUACAAGGUUUACUUCACCGACUUUGGCAUCUCCCGCUCCUAUGAGUCCGUUGAGGAAUCCGAGACCGAAACGCCUACAUCUUUCACACGGACUUAUGCCGCCCGGGAAGUGGUGCUGCAGGAGCCAAGAGGAUUGUCCGCGGAUAUCUUCUCGCUAGGUUGCGUGUACGCGGAGAUGCUGGCCACAAUCUUGGACACAUCAAAGCCUGAGAGUGAUCAGUGCCCAGACAGGGAUGCAACACCGCAUUGGGACUCGCUCCUGGAGGCUCGUGGACGAAUGGGAACUGCUCUCCGGCCUUACCAUUCCAGUGUCGACGAUGUGCGGGCAUGGCUUGCGGCACUUACCCUCCACGAGCAGGAGCUGCAGGCAGUCCGCGACUGGACGAUGCAAAUGAUUGACACUGACCCAAUCAAGCGACCAAACGCACACAAGAUCGCGGAGGAUCCGCAUCUACCCUUCCCAUGCCUUAGCUGCACAUUGCGCGCGGGACCCGAAGACUUCGAGGCUGUGGAGCCCGUCGCACCACUUGACGAUCCCCCGCACACGCCCAGAGUGAGUGUCGAAGUGCCGAAGCCACCAUAGAGAGCGUUGAGUGUUCUCAAAGGGUCUACUUUACAGGGGUUGGUUCUAUUCGCCGACUGGUGUUCUGCCAUAUUGGGAGCCGGCAGAUCUGCUUACCCCUGCACAUCACCUGCACCCCACAGUACGGGCGCUCGGGUCGGGCAUUAGGAAUGAUCUGCUAUAGAUCUUAGCUUUUCUGCUCUUGACGCCUCGCCUCGUGGAGUAUAUUUCCCUCUUCGACGCCUUCUCUUCACUGUCGUGCCGAGCUCCCAGUCGUCUUCCAUCAUGCUUGGCCUUCUUGGUUUUAUUCUCCU